UGCAUAGAGUGGAUUCCAUGGCUGUCAAAGCCAAAUACAGGGCUAUUAACUGUUGCUUGUUGGGUUUUGUAGGGUUCAUCCCUCGGACCUCGGAGCUUACCGUCACUCACUCACUACCCCUCAUGAGGGGGGUUUUGGGGUAUAGGUAAGUUGAAAGAGCAUCGCAACUCUGCCAAAUAACAAUAAGUUAACUUGAAAAUAUCAACAAUGUCAGAAGACAAAAGCUCGUCAGCUAACAAACGACUAAACCAAGUCUCGGCUCAUCUUUCAUCCCAAAAACUUCCUCCCGACUAUGCGGAUGUGCUCUCUCAAAUCAAUACUCUCCGCACAAUCGCCGCUACACCUGACAUUAAUCGACGUGGUUAUAUUCGUCAAAAGCAAGCAGGAAAGCUCUGGGUCCGCGAACGCCUCGAGGAGCUCCUCGAUCAUUCUAGUUUUCAAGAGAUUGGCUCCUUGUCUGGCACAGUGAUAUGGGAAAAGACUGGCCCUAUUCGGGAGAAGCCCGUUUCGUUUGUGCCCAGUAAUAAUGUCCAGGGAAUUGGAAAGUUGCGUGGUCGGCGGAUACUGCUUACUGCAGAUGAUUUCUCUCUUCGAAGCGGGCACGCAGACGGCUCCACAGUUGGCAAGACGGUAUACUUGGAGAAACUAGCUUUAGCGCUCAAGUUACCCGUUGUGAAGCUCGUUGAUGGCAGUUCGGGUGGCGGCAGUGUCACUACCAUUCGCAAGGAGGGUUGGAGCUACCUGCCGUAUUUAUCCAUGUACAGACAUGUGGUGGAUCAGCUGAAUCAAGGCAUCCCGAACCUAGGGGCGGUAGUUGGACCAGCUAUUGGCCUUGGCGCAGCCCGUGUUGUCUCUUGCCACUUUUCUGUCAUGGCUGCAGACGUAGGCUCGCUCUUUAAUGCGGGCCCAGAGGUGGUUAAAGGGGCAACCUUCGAAGACGGACUGGACUUCCAGUCAUUGGGUGGGCCCCUGAUCCACUGCACAAACGGGACAAUAGAUAACCUCGCUGCCAACGAAGCUGAAUGCUAUGAGCAGAUUCGUACUAUUCUAGCGUUUCUGCCUAAUUCUGGUCGAGACGCACCACCUGUGAUCACCAACGAUGAUCCAGAAGAUCGCGAAGAUGAAGCACUGCGUCGAGUUAUUCCUCGCCGGCAAGCAAGGAUGUAUAACCCACGGACGAUCAUUACCAGCGUGGUUGAUCAGAACUCGUGGUUUGAGAUUGGCGCACUCUGGGGGCGUACUGCUAUCGGUGGUCUGGCAAGACUAGGUGGGCGACCGAUUGGAGUGAUCUCAUUAAAUUGUGAGGUGAAUGGUGGUGCAUUGGAUGCAGCUGGAAGCCAGAAGUUGACAAGGCUGUUGAAGCUUUGUGAUGUGAUGAACUUGCCUGUGUUGCAGUUUAUUGACGUUCCUGGCUAUGCCAUCGGCACCGCGGCUGAACGCACUGCAACAAUGCGAUGGGGUGUUGAGCUAGCGAAAACUUACUACUCAACUACAAUGCCUCUAUUCAAUAUAAUCACUCGACGAGUAUACGGUGUGGCUGGCGGGAUUAUGCUAGGUGCCCGCGACCCGGUUAUGCAAGUAGCCUGGCCAUCGGGGCAAUGGGGAUCUUUGCCACUAGAGGGGGGCAUCGAAGUCGGACAUCGACAUGAGCUGCGCGAGGCCGAGAAGGCAGGCCAUAAGGCUGAGUUGUACAAAGAACUAGAGGAAGAAUACCUGCGGUUGAUGAACCCGGUGCGUACAGCAAACGCGUUCGGCAUAGAAGAGAUUAUCGACCCGAAGGACACGAGAAAGGUGUGUUGCGCAUGGGUACGGCAUGUAUACCAUGUUACUAUACCGGAGAGGUUAGCAGACCGGGCUGCCGGGAGAAUUCAGCCGGUGUUCGCUUAGCCUUGAGCCAGUGGUUAAUUGCGCAGCAUGCCGGAAGCUUUUUUGAUUGGCAAUGCUGGGUCAACAUGGUGAUGAUAACCCACUUCUCCUGGAGAUGACGCCUAGGUGUCGUUGAACCGCUAUCGUAGCUACAUAUGCAUGGACAACGCAUAGACCUGAAGCAUAUAUAUACCAUUGAUCAUUGAACCAAGGGCGAAUAUAAUGUAGUGUGUGGUCUGGAGAGGCAGCUUAGCCUUCAUGAGCUAAGCAACAAAAGAG